CCAAUUGCUUCUUCCGUUUCUUUGACGUUAACUUGCCCAUAGAAUAAUGAAAAUGUAGAGACAACAAUUCUAUUUAGAUUGGAGUGCUCUUCACCUUCUUAUUCGGGUGGAAGUGAAAGCUAAAACUUAAGAAAGACCCUGCUUUUCUAAGACAAAUUUACUCCAUGCAUCGAUUUUCAACUUAUAAUAGAUUUUGAGUUGUGAAAGAUAUUUUUUUCUCAUAUUUUUCUGUAUCAAAUACUACCUUUAGACGCAAAUUUGAUUUCAGCAACCAUAGUCUAUGAAGCCAAUAUACGCGUGCACCGCGUCUCAGGGUGCAAGAUAACAGCCGCUGUUCAAAAUGCAAAGGCAACUUAGGUCCCGUGGUAGGCGUCUUAAUAAGCAAUUGGUUCGCCCUCGGCCUGAUAGCCCAGCCGUGCUCCCUCUGAUUUUUCGCAGACCUGUCGUGAGUGACGACAUCCGGCUGCAGCCUCCUUCACUUUGCAACGUUUGGGCAAAUGAAUUGCCUGCGCCCUGGAAUUUCCUAAGUUAUUUUUAAACAUUGAAACAUGAAGCAAAAAUAAUAUUUUACACAAAAUAUCUGGAGGGGCAGAGGUGGAUAGAAUAGUAUACUAAAAAGUUAAGUUGUUCCAGGUAGCUCAAAUAGGCUUAGCCAAAUUAUAUCUGGUUUUGGCAUAGGCCGCGGCUUGUAAAUGUCGUUUUUUGCGGACUGUGGUUUAGCAAGGAAGUCGUGAAGACGCAUCCGCGCGGAAUAACAUCCGUGACGCCCUCUUCCGACGCCCAGAAGGGGCAGGCGAUAAAAUGGCCGCUCCUGCUUCGAGAAAUUCCCGCCCCAAGUCUCCGUUCAGACGCCCUCGCGAGACUAACGAGAUGGCGGGAGGCAACCGGCAGCCUUUGAAACGUCCCUGGAGCCCAGAUUGCGGCCGGGCCGCGCCUCCCAACAGCAUUAUUUCUAUCUCUGAUCUUCAAUCCCAGCAUAUACCUUGCUGUAGUCGUUUAACCUCUAGUUCUGAUGAAUUCAGAGAAUGGACCCAUCAAAAUGAAACUAUUUUGCCUGACCAGAAAUAUUUUGAACAAACUCGCUUGAUGCUCAUAGGUUACUUGAGAAAUGAAACACCAGGAAAAAAAGAUAAGAUGAUGGAUGGAAGUGUUUAUUUGCAAGAUAACACUGGAGCACUUCCCUGUGUGUUCCUGCAUUUUGAGCUUGAGUGGCUAGAACAUCUGUCACUCUUCCCUAGCUGGAUAUAUGUUCCCCAGAUAGGUGAGGGCACUACUGGAUAUUUGGAGAUCCUAGAAGAUCCAAUUCAAGUACUGUCUGGACCAGAGAAAAAUCUUAGCACUAUCCCUGUUUUGUACCCUGGGACAGCUGCAAACCUACUCAGUGCCAGGCUUCAGAAUAAGAAUACAGCAAAAGUGAAUGUGGCAGGGGAACUAGAGAGGUUGACUACUAUUCUCUAUUUCAACCAAAAGAGUUUCUUCUUCCUCUUCUUGAAGUGUUUUAGUUCUUCUGCUUGUGUUCCAGUGGUAAUACAAAAGACUCCCCACUUGGUUUGGCAUCAUGCACUACAACUGGGGUACAGAUAUGUCCUAACUGACUUGAAGAUAUCUUGCCUCAAAAGUACUGGGCACAAUGUUUUCAGAACCAGCUCUUCCUCUUGCCUUCUGCCUUACUGCAAAGAACAAACAAAGGAACAAUGUCUGGAUGUAACUUCACAAGGAAGAUCAAUGGUACCAGUUUCCAUUAUGCCUUCUAUACAGCCUAAAAGCUUAUUGAAAGUGCAGAAGGAAGAAAUGAUAUUUGGUCCUCUUAGAAAAUCUGAGCUCAUCUCAUAUACAGGUACUAUCACUCAGGUGUUAAAUGCCCAAGCUGGCCUCUAUGAACUAGAUCACAAAUACGUACUUUGUCUUGCUUAUCAGCAGAUGUUGAAUACUGGCUGCGGAUUCCGACCAGGAGCAUGCAUAGAGCUUCGAGAUGUCCAUCUUCUGGAGACGCCUUUGCCUUCUAUUCCUGCUGCUUUUGGAGCUUGUCUACAUACUACCAUUGUGCUAAAGAGUUUUUCAGCAUAUAGCAUAUUACAUCAGCCUGUAAGCUGCUUUGGAAAUCAUUAUCUGCAACUACUCUUGCGUUAUAAUUUAAGCCUGUCACUCUAUCUUUAUGUGGUCAACUUGCUGGAAAUAUUUGAACAAAGGUUCUGUUGUUUUACUGAGCACCAAAGGUUGAUGCUUUGUUUUAGCCAUCAUUCUCAAAGACUAAUAGAGAAGUUUAUUGUUCCUAUUCUGAAUUCCCUGCUGCCACCCAAGAAGCAGGAAAGAAACUUCCAUGCAGAGAUCCUGGCAGAAAAGCACAAUUGUCUUCUAGACCAGUAUCAGAUUCUGGAGCCAUCAUGUCAGAUUCCACAUUUUGUUCAACUGUAUAGUAUGGUUGAGAAGAGCUGCUGGGAAAGCUGUGGUCCAUUGCAGCAGUUGCAUUCUGCCUCAAAGAUCUGCAACCUAAAUAUCCAAGAACUAAAUUGCAGAUUGGCCCAGAACUACUGCAUUUUAUCAGCUGAAUGUUUUCAUCCUCCAUUGCUGUUGCUUGGAGUGCUGGAAUAUUCCAAUAAUGGUUCCCUCCAAUUACGUGACAGAAGUAACAGUCUUCCUUGUAUAAUAUUCCACAAGGAUUGUAGACCAUUCACUGACACAUCACUAAUAGGGUGCCUCCUCCAGGUGAAUAUUUUUCAGCUUAUUACAGAGCAAUUUCCUCAAAAUGACUUUUCUUCUUCACAACAGCCAAUUACAGCCAAUCAUAUAAAGAAAAAGAAAAGACUUUAUGCACAGUUUUAUUUUGAAGAUGUGAAAGUUCUUCAUAUUCCUGAAAAGAGAGACAAAAAAGGUCAUCCUAUCUAUCAACAGACAACCUGUGAUGUUAAAGACUGUGGAAGUUCAACAACUGAUCUGAGACCCUCAGUAAGGAAAGCUAAAAGGAAAGGAGAGGAAAUAGAAGAACCAAAUACCAGGGAACCAGAACAUUUCAGGAACAGUACUGAAAAGAUCACCUGUGUAUCUCGUCUGUUUUUGCUGAUUCAAAAGGAAGGACUUGCAUGGCGCAACUACCUCCAUAGUUCAGAAAGCAUAUCUGAAAAUGGGCAGACAAUGCAACUCUGCUUUCAGGUCACAGUUUUAUGGAUAGGCAAACCUAAGCUAUGCCACAGUCUUGAAGAAAGUGAAGAACAGGAGGAGCUCAAGAUUAUUGAUUUUGAAGACACCAGCAAAGCCCAGCAGAAAGUAUUGUUACUGUUUCUGAAGAACUCUCUGCACUGGUUCCCAUUUCUACAUGUUGACCAUUUGUACCAGCUCAUUCUACCUCAGUGCACGGAUUUGGAUAUUUUUGAUAAAAAGUGCUCCUCAUUGGCUCCAGGAAACAAAUCAAACAUGAGCUGUUCCUUUUUUCUGCCCUUCCCCGAUGGGGCCUAUGUGCAUCAUGUGAGACAAAUUUCUCAGCCCAUGUCAGACAUGUUAAAAAGGGAACAAAAAAUGUUCUCCAUUGCAGAAAUACUCAAUUUGAGCUCCAAAGGUUCCCUGGUCUCUUUUUCUGGGGAAAUAAGGGAAAGAACUUUGUGUGACUCUCAUUCUGGAAAGAAGACAGAAACAGAUGCCUGUGCUCAGAAAAAAGGUGGCCUCUUGCCAUGGAAUUAUACUGUGAAACUGAGCACAGCACCUGCACAUGAUUCUUCAAUUCUUCUGGAUAUCUAUAUUCAAGCCGCUUUUGUGCCAUAUCUUUGGGGUUUGUUGCCUGGAGCUAGGAUUUUGUUUCGGGAUCUACAGUGCAAACUUUCCAGAUUUGGAAAUAUCUAUUGUGUUUUUAUUGCCUCUAGUGAUGUGUGUAUUCUGAGUCCCCCACCUCACAAUUCUCCAAAACAUAUGGAUUCAGCUGCUAAGUUUUCAAUAGGUUAUUUAUUCAAUAUACCACUUCAUCCUCUUAACCUGGGCCAAGCACAAGUCACUUGCCAUUUGACAUGUAUCUUAUCUUUAUCCAUGCAAUGGUUCUGUGAUCUCUGCAACAUCUCCACAGAGGGAAGGCCCAACGAAUGUAACAAUUCGUGCUCGUCACAUACAGGAAUGAUUAAAGCUACAGCUAAAAUCCUAGUAGAAGAUGGAACAAGUGAGGUUAUGGUAUUUUGCAAAAAUCAACAGGUGCAACAAGUGUUGGGUUUGAGCCCCAAGGAAUGGGAGGUCAUACAAAAUCAUAUUCGGAUUAAGGGAAGUAUCAGCAUUCAACAUAAUGAAAUUAGCACAGGAGCUAGGGUACUGGAAGAGCAAGAUCUGCUCACACAGUAUUUGAGAAACUUAUGCAGAAGUCCAGUUGUCUGUCGAUCCAUAGUGUUGGCCUUCAGAAUGGAUAGAAAAUCUUUUAAGACAGGGUCAGGAGAAUUGAGGAGGUUUUUCUGUAAUGAAUUAGAGUUCUUAAGUCGAAUGAGGAAUCGACCAAAUUUGGUAUGUCUUAAUAUCCAGGAAACAAUCUGAAGAACAGGAGGAGGAGAAAGUCUAAUUACUCUGGAGGAAUUUUGUAAUUCCAAUUUGUGUAUGUAUUCCAGAUUUUGAUAUAUUAUCAUUCAUAAGCCCAAAUGUGAAGAGUAUUGUUGCAAACAUUAAAAUGUGAAAAUAUUUUUAUAUAAAAAAAUCAAUCUCAUUUUUUUUGCUCCUUUCAUUCUUUUCAGUAAAAUACAAAUCAGUGUUGUCUUAUAACUAAAGAUUUUGUUAUUUUAACAUUUGAUUAAAGGAUAUUUGGUUGCCAUGAUUUUAUUCUUUCUGUACUGAGAAAAGUGCAUCUUAAUAUAAAACAAUGACUACUUUUUGCACAUACUAGAAUUUAGGAAAGGUAUAACAGAUGAUGAAGCAAGAGAUAGAUAAUUUUCCAUUCAUCAUUUCACAUCUGCUUACACCAAAUAAGCAUUUAUUCCAAUUCCCUUUGCAGUAAUGUUUUCCUAAUGUGCUAUUUUUUGCACUACAUUUAUUAAUAAAAUCCCCCAGGACAGCCAGGAAUCCAUCUAGGGGUUAUUACAUCCCAGUUCACAGAAAUUAGGACCAAAUACAGCCUAAUUUGUAUGGUAGUUUCUUGAGGCCAUCACUAUAGAAUGAACUUUCAAGAAGAAAAAAAGCUUUUAUUCUAGAGAAGGGAAUUAGAAAAAUGCUGGCCCUAAUAACUCAAUAAAAAAGCAUUUCCAAGAGUCCCGCAGAUUCCAAUUCCAAGGAAUAUAGACUAACAAUAUCCUAAAGCUUGAGAGUAGACACUUCUGAGUAUUUAGAAGCAUCUAUUUAAACAUAUAUAUAACCCUGAAUCUCAAUAUCUAUUAUUUCCAAUCAGCUUUAAGAUAAUAGUUGAAUAUUGUUUGUUGACGUGAUUAAGUAACAUAGGAAGAGUUUAAGUUUACUCAUUUUUAUAUUACUAAAUUCUGUAAUGUCUUAUUGACCCAAAGCACCUGUUAAAAGGCUAGAAACGUCUACUCUAUGAUAGGCAAGAAUAGUAUAUUAUCAACAUAAUUUUAUUCUUUAAGAUUUGAACAAAUAUACACAAAGCCAUAGAUACAAUCCAUUCUUCUCAUCAUUUCCUCUUUUGGAACCAUUGAGUUUGUAAUAUUAUGACAUGACAUGAACAUCAUUUUUCUAACACUGACACAAAGAGAAAUUUUUAUUUUUAUCCAAAAAUAAAUUGCAGUGAGGGAAAUACAGAACAAAGCAGUAUAAUACACUGUAUGUAAAGUUAUAGUAGUUAAUCAGUUUCCUAGGCAUAGAAUGCUACAACAUAAUAAGGAUUU